AUGAACUCUUGAGACUCGGAGGAAAUGCUGAUGUUCUCCUCGGAUUCGAGUGACAAAGAGGACGAGCUGCUUCUGGUUAUUGCCAUCGAGGAGGAACAAGCAGCAGCUGCGCGUCGUAGCCAUCAGCGUGGGUCCAUGCCGGGCCAUGCGGUUAUAGACCGUCAUCACCGCGAAGGUGCUGCUAGGCUGUACAACGACUACUUCACUGACAACCCUGUGUACGGUGAUGUUCUGUUUCGGCGGAGGUUUCGUAUGACGCGGCGUUUGUUCUUGCGUAUUGCGGCCGCUGUGGAGGAGCAUGACACCUGGUUCUGGCAGGGAAGGGAUGCAACGGGGAAGCUCGGCCUUAGCCUGUUGCAAAAAAUGACAGCGGUGAUCUGGCAACUAGCAUACGGCGUCAGUUCCGAUGCAGUUGACGAGUAUGUGCGGAUAGGGGCGAGCACGGCGAUGCUGGCAUUGCGGAAAUUUGUGCAGGCUAUUGUGGAGGUGUUCGGAGAUGAAUAUCUGCGUGCUCCCAAUGAAGCUGACACCGCGCGCCUCCUGGCAGAAGGCGAGCGGUGUGGGUUCCCCGGGAUGCUGGGGAGCAUUGACUUCAUGCAUUGGGUAUGGAAGAACUGUCCCAAAGUGUGGCAUGGCGCGUACACAGGCCAUACUCGCAAGCCUUCUAUAGUUUUGGAGGCGGUUGCGUCGUAUGAGUUAUGGAUUUGGCAUGCUUUUUUUGGGAUGCCUGUGAGUCUUAACGAUAUAAAUGUUUUGCACCGCUCUAACUUAUUUACCAGGCUUACCGAUGGGACUGCCCCAACCGUGUCGUACAGUAUCAAUGGUAACAGGUACGACAUGGGAUACUACCUCGGUGACGGCAUAUACCCCGAAUGGGCGACCAUAGUGAAGGCAAUUCCUGCACCAAGAGGCAACAAGAGCAUCCAUUUCUCCGCCAUGCGAGCAUCUGUUCGCAAGGAUGUCGAACGUGCAUUCGGUGUCUUGCAAGCUAGGUUUGCUAUUGUACGCGGACCAGCUAGAGUAUGGGAUCAAUCCACAUUGCACAAUAUCAUGACCGCCUGUGUCAUUAUGCACAACAUGAUAAUUGAGGACGAGCGUGGAAGCGCAUCCACGGUGCAGGUGUUCGACUAUAUGGGGGAACCAAGUAAAGUCCAUCGAAAUGCUGAUGAAGGCGUGCUGCAUUAUGUCGAAGCGACUCAAGCUAUACGGAUCCGUGCAAUGCACCGCCAAUUGCGUGAUGACCUUAGUUGAGCACCUCUGGAGUAUUCUUGGAGCACAGUAGACUGAUCCCAACUAUGUAUUCCAUAAUUUAGGUAGUUGCAUGUAGUUCGGUUUUUAUCUCCCAGGGUCCUUAGUAUGCAUCAUGCAUCAUGCUUAGCUAGUGCAAACCGAGAUGGUUCUCAUGCAUGGUAAUGUCAUCAGGAAGAAAUGAAUGUACUGCAAACAAUGCAAGGCAACGUCCUGAAUGUACCAACUUUAAUGAAUAAUAUG